AUGCACGGAUUAGUGGUUCUUUUAGUUUGCCUGGCUGUGGGUUCCGCCUGUGCCGGCACAGUCGUGGUCUCCAAUGGUGAUCCCUUCGAGCUAGUAGUUUGUGGUGGUAGUUUGAUCAACGAAGAUACUGUGGUCACGGCAGCCCACUGUCUGGUGGGAAGAAAGAUCUCCAAGGUAUUCGUGCGCCUCGGUUCCACGCUCUACAAUGAGGGUGGAAUAGUGGUCGCUGUGCGGGCGUUGGCCUACAAUGAGGACUAUAACUCUAAGACCAUGUAGAACGACGUGGGCAUACUGAAGCUGGACGAGAAGGUGAAGGAAACCGAAGACAUUCGAUUCAUCGAACUGGCCACGGAAACUCCGCCCACUGGCACCACCGCUGUGGUCACCGGCUGGGGUUCCAAGUGCUACUUCUGGUGCAUGACCUUGCCCAAGACGCUCCAGGAGGUGUUCGUCAGCAUUGUGGACUGGAAGACGUGCGCUUCGGAUGAGUACAAGUACGGCGAGAUCAUCUACGACAGCAUGGUGUGUGCCUAUGAGAAGAAGAAGGACGCCUGCCAAGGAGAUUCCGGUGGUCCUCUGGCGGUCGGUAACACUCUGGUGGGAAUCGUGUCCUGGGGAUAUGCCUGUGCUUCCAACCUACUGCCCGGUGUUUACUCCGAUGUGCCCACUUUGCGAAAGUGGAUCCUGAAUGCAACCGAAACUUUGUAGAUAUAACUAAUAAACUAGACUGGCAUACAAGAGGGUAUACUUUCGGGGAUUAUAUAGCGACUAGAAAUCAAAAAGCUUCCAAGCCAUUCCAAUUGUUUAUAAGUUUCAUAUGGAUUAUAGCAAAUUUGGUUUUUGCUUUUUUAAGCCUUUUAGCCAAUGUAUGUGUCUCAGUAUAA